CUCAGAGGGCGGCGGAGAGGUGAAGACGACGUCCGCGGAGUCUCGCGUUGGAGGAAGCUUUCGGCCCCACGUGGAUGAGACGCACUUCAUCUGGGAUCGCGAGUCUGUGCGGUUGUGAAGGAGACAUCGCUCGAUUUGCUAUUAUUGGCAUUCCUUUAAGCUUUUUAAAGAACGAACCCAGAGUGUGUCUCGCGACAGUUAUAUAGCGAAAUACUUCUCUCCAGUUACAAAAAACACAAUGGUUGACGCAACAGAAAAAGUUUCAAAUGGCACAUCUCCCAGAGGCCGAGGAGGCCGAGGAGGAUUCAGAGGGAGAGGAGGCAGGGGAGGAUUUGGGGGUGGAAGAAGCUUUGGCCAAAAGCCCAGACCACAAGAAUUUGACAAAACAGCACUUUUUGUAGAGUUUCAAAAUAAGCCCAGUAUAGAAGAUAUCAAACACUUCCUGCAAGCAGUGAAAGGUGCAAACACAGUUAAACUUGGAAAAUUUCUACAAAUGCACUUCAAGACAGAAAAAGAAGCCGAGGAAGCAACAGCAAAGAUUAAGGAUAUUGAUGGAAAAAUCACAGUUAAUAAGGCCUUUGCACAACAAGAUAAAUCACCCAAGAGAACCCUGCCUGAGGCUGAAACAAAGCCAAACAAGAAGGCAAAGAAGGAACCAGUAAAGGAAGAGGAAGAACAAGAAGAGGAAGAGGAUGACGAUGAUGAUGAGGAAGAGGAGGGCGAGGAGGAAGAGGAGGGUGAUGAUGACGAUGACGACGACGACGAUGAUGACGACGACGAUGAGGAAGAGGAUGACGAUGAUGAGUGAUAGGAUGUAACAGAAUUGUAUGAGAGUUGUUGGAUAUAAGAGGUUCAUUUAUUCUUAUCAGAAUAUAAAGGAAAUAAAAAAAAUACACAUUUGAUUAA